UUCCUGUCAGUUUUAAAUUUUCUUUGCUCUUCAUGGAUUGCAUAGCAUACACAUCUAAAGACAAAUACAUUUAAGAUUUCAUGCAAUAUUUAAUUAAAAGGAAAAUAUAUUUUGUAGCGUUUUGCUAAUGACACUGAAGUAUGUUCAUCAUGUAUGAUUCGUGUUAACUGUAGCAGCAUUUCAGGCGGCUUGUAAGUAUGAUGAAUCCCAAGGGGCUAUAGAUGAUGUAACGCUCGCUGUAUCCUGCAUCAAUAAACGAGAUGCCCGGUCCGGAUGCUGUGUUCGUGUUUAUUAAGAUUAGUUUAAAAAUAUUUAUAAUCGUUUCAGGGUGAUUAGAGUAUAAAUGAUUCCCCUUAAAGAUGCUUUUCAUAUAAUGUUUCAAAGCAAAAACUACUUAUGGAAAUGUUACCAAUUACUUCUUACCGUCUCAACCAAGUAAAAGGAAAUUUAGAAAUCAAGAACAAAGAUUUGUGCCUUAAAACAGAGUAACUAAAAACAACAACACUGAAGUGAACUGUGUUUGGCUUCAUGGGGGCAAGGGCAAGGUAUUAGGAAAACAGAAAGACUAAUCGUUUAUUUGCUAUGCAGCUGGAACUCUUCAAUUCGUCCUUAAAUCAGGUGAACUCUAAGUUGACCCGAACAAGCAAUGAUAUCUCCAAACUUUACAGCACUGUGACAAAGCUGGAAAAUUACAACUCAUCCCUUAACGAGGUGAAGUCCAAGUUAGAUAGAUCACGAAUUGAUCUAUCAGAGCUUAACAGCACCGUAACCAAGGUAAAGUCUACAUUAGACAGAAGAAGUAAGGAUGUAACAGACCUGAAAAGUACUGUGACGAAGGUGAAGUCUAAGUCAGAUAGAAACAGCGAUGAUGUCUCGG